AAAUUUUUGUUUAUUUUUACUUUUCAUUUUUGUUGAUAGCUAGAUAAUUAUCCAAUUUGCACUUAAUGAAACCAUGACCGAGGGCCCAACAGUAUAUUUGCCUCGGCAGCAGCGUCCACGGAACAGCGACAGCUCGCGACACACUUUGGGUGCGGAAGCACGCUGCGGGCCCGAGAGCAGCAGCAGCAGCAGUGAAAUCUCUGUAUCCAAUGGUCUUGCCAGGCAAUUGCAGAGCAGCAGCGAACAAAUUCAACCAAAUAGCAGCAGGGAAGUCAGGCUGGCAUCUUUUUUACUUGGGUACUGCGAGGAUGACGGGUCGGUGUACCUGAACCGGCUGGAUCGUGGGGUUCGCAGUGGCAGUGGUUUGCUGGUGCCAACAGCGGCAUGCGACUCAGACAUUGUGGUUCCACUCUAUUGUGGUCAGUCGCGAGACAUGGUAUAUUCCGAAAUACUGAAGCCAAAUCGGACAAACUCUAUAUCAUGCUGGUUCCAGGGAACGCAGGGCGGAACACUUGGCCUCGAGUUUGUCAAUGCUGAGCUAGACCUCUGCGUGUCAAUCACACCAGCACCGUUGCCGAUAAAUCUUGGCAGCCUGUCAUCGAUGCUCGGCCAGCUUCGCAAUAGGCUGGUGCAGCACCCGUUCGGCUGGUUGAAGGAAGAGCCAGACGGAAAAUUCACAGCGCAGUUUGGGACACCAAACAGCACUCGGCCCUGCCAUGCAUGGGCGCUGUCUGGGAGUGGCAACGACGCCUAUAGGCCUGUGCGGGAUGCGUACCUGGAGCUUGGUGCGCCAGAAUCCCUACAUGUUGUGUGGAUCAGGCCAUCACAGGACUGGACAUCAGCACUGGUAAGGCAUAAGCAAGUUCGUCGUGUUGGCCCACAGUCACGGCUGUCUGCGAGGUUGGCAUCAGUCCAAGCACAUUUGAGCCAGCAAGCAUCGUGCUGGCGCUCAGAUUUCUCAGUGCCUGAUGCUAGAAACACAGACGUGAUCGGUGCGCUCAGACGGGCAUGCCUACAGUUUGGAAUGCCGGUCAGCGGUUCAACCAGCACAGUGCCACCAGCAGCCCUAGCCUCACCAACCUACAGUAAUACUGAGCCCAUUACCGAGCCAGAGACGUCAGCGUCGAGCUUGGAUGAUCUUCUGGAAGAGCAGCGGCAUAUCCGGUCGCUGCUGGAGGAACAAAAUCGGUUGAUUAAGGCACACGUCUCCCAGACCCGCGAGAUCAUUCACUAUGUCAAAAGCAAACCGCCGACACAGCCGUUAACGCGGCGGUAUCUGCGCAUGAAAGGCGCGCCUAGUCAUAGUGGUGCCAACCUGCUGACUCGGGAUACAGAUAUCGAGCCAUCGCCAGACGACACACAGCGCUCAAAUUCUCUGUCCGAGCUUGUCAGUGGGAUCAGGCUGUUUGAUGUUGAGGGAUAUGAGGAGACAGAGCACAUCCCAAGGCGUACACCGUCUCCCUCUGCAUCAAUGACCUCGGUGGUGUCGUCAUCGCGCAUUACCAGUUUGGUCUCUUGCAUCAACGAUGCAGUCUCGGAUAGCAGUGGCAACGGCAGGCUACCCAAGUACACCAGGCCGCCGCUGCCACCUCCAAGCCGCCGCCAGCACCCGGCAGGCAGCGGCAGCAACGGCAGCAGCAGUGCGCACAACAACAGCGGCGCCCGGCGGUUGGCACGGCGCAUCACAAGCCUGACCAGCAGCUCGCCUUCAGUGUCGUCGUCGUUGUCGUCCAAUCAACAAUAAAUCACAUUUAAUCGCG